AAACCAUCUGGAAGUGGUACAAAACCAAAAGAUAUGGCUGAAGUCAAAAAAGCCAAAUCUAAGAAAGAGGCAAAACCAAAAGAAAAAAACACGACAGAAAUGAAUAAAAAGGGAUUGGGAUCCAGAAAGCGAAAAAUGGAAUCUGAUGACAAUGAUGAUGAUGACGAUGGUGACGUUCCUCCUAAACCAGCUUCUUCACGUCCUCGUGAAAGAACUCGACAGAUUAAGGCAGUUAAAUACACCUUUGAUGAUGAUGAUAAUGAUGAUGACAUUCCUGGAUUUUCUGAUAAUACACCAUCACCACACCGGAUGAAGCGACGAAAGAAGAUUGAAAGUGAUGAGGAAUUUGAGUUAAGCGGCUAA